ACGGCGGAAGCAUGGAGGGCGAGAGCACGUCGGCGGUGCUGUCGGGCUUUGUGCUCGGCGCGCUCGCCUUCCAGCACUUCAACACCGACUCGGACACGGAAGGAUUUCUCCUUGGAGAAGUGAAAGGUGAAGCCAAGAAUAGCAUCACUGAUUCCCAAAUGGAUGACGUUGAAGUCAUUUAUACAAUUGACAUCCAGAAACACAUCCCUUGCUAUCAGCUUUUUAGCUUUUACAAUUCUUCUGGUGAAGUAAAUGUACAAGCACUGAAGAAAAUACUAUCACGUGCUAAAACGAAUGUGGUCGGUUGGUACAAAUUCCGUCGUCAUUCAGACCAGAUCAUGACAUUCAGAGAAAGAUUGCUUCACCAAAAUUUGCAGACAUUUAUUUCAACCCAGGAACUUGUUUUUCUGCUAUUAACACCAAGUAUAGUAACCGAGAGCCGCUCCACUCAUCAGCUGGAACACGCCUUGUACAGACCGCAGAGAGGGCUUUUCCACAGGAUCCCGUUAGUGGUGGCCAACCUGGGCAUGUCGGAGCAGGUGGGCUAUAAGACGGUGUCGGGCUCCUGCGUGUCCACGGGUUUCCACCGGGCAGUGAGGACACACAGCUCUGCAUUUUUUAAAGAAGAUGGAUCUUUGCAGGAGAUACAAAAGAUAAAUGAAAUGUAUGCUUCUUUACAAGAAGAAUUAAAGAGUAUAUGCAGGAAAGUAGAAGACAGUGAGCAAGCGGUGGAGAGGCUGCUCAGAGACGUCAACAGACUGAAGGGGGAAGUGAGAAAGAGAAGACGUGCACAGAGCGAAGAAGGAGAGAAGGCCGUGCAGGACGAGCCACGGGAGAACGUGUGGCUGUGCCAGGCCCUGCGGACGUUCUUCCCCGCCUGUGCGCUCCUGCACUCCUGCGUGCUCUCCCUGCGGAGCCGGCGGCUCAGGGCCGGCGCCUGCACCGCCGCGCACCCGCUGCCCGAGGCCGACAGCCUGACCCUGAUGGUGGAGUGCCCCGACAGCCCCGACAGCCCCGACAGCCCCGACGGCCCCGACGGCCCCGAGCCCCGGCCGGCCAAGCGGCCAGCCCGAGAGGCCGGCGCCCCGUGGCGAGCAAAACGGGCCCGGCGAGGCCGAGUGAGCCCCCCGGACGCCAGCAGCAGCCCCGAGAGCGACGACGGGGACAGGCAGCCGGAGCAGGGCCCGGGCGGGGGCCGCUACCCGCACUCGCCCACCUUCUGAGGCUGCGCCCCACGCCUCCCACCCGGCUCCGUUAUCUGCAGGACCUCCGCAACCCUCUCUAGCACAUUUAUUACAGAAAGCAGAAAGGACUUUUUUUUUAUAAAACAGCUGGUUUUACAAUUUACAACCCAAACUUUUUUUUUUUUUUGGUCCCUUUAAAAGCUGAAGUAACAUUUUUAUAAAAAAAAAAAAAAGUGUUUGGAAUUAAAAGAAAUCAACCUUAUUUUUUUACAACAGAAGUCUAAGGUGAACGGUUUCAUUUUUAUUGAGAUCACUAAGAUUCCGACUCCCACGGUACCGAGCACAGACGGGAGUUACUGUCCGGGCCGAGACGCGUCUCCUCAGAACAGACCUGAGCGGGUCGGAUGCCGGAUACCAAGCGGGCCUGGGUUAGCCCUCGGUCAGGGGGCUGAAAAAGGGGGCACCAGAGCACCACUGCCACUCUAGCCCUUCCUGCUAUUUCCCAAACCCCAAACACUUCCUUUUAAAUGUAUUUCAUGAAUACAGUAUCAAAGUCAGGUUUGAGAGCAAAAUCACACACCGCGAGGCAGAGGUCAGUGGGUAGGCAAGCCCCGGCCUUCUGCCCUGUGUGUUAAUCCAGUGAGCCCGCUCACGCUGGCUCAGGGACCCUGGUGACCCUCCUUUCCUUAAUGGUGAGUUGUCCGUGACGUUUAUGUCAAAUUAAACCUUUGCUUCACUGAGUGAACAGAAGGCUGAACACACACACUGACCGUUGUCUUUUCCUGUUACUUCUGGAGUGAACCUGCCCUGUGGCGGCCUGUGGUGUCUGUACAAGAUGCGUUGGUUACCGUGGGUUCCUUAUAAAGCCCACACAGUUCUCGGGAUGAUUCAUGCAGGUCAGUUUCGGCUGGGAUUGUUUUACUGUGUUGUACAGAGGAGGAAAACUGGGCCAUUGGUCUGAACCCAUUGUUUCUGGUGGUUCUGUGUGUCUGUGUGUGUCUGUGUUAGGAAAGGGGAUGCCCAGCAGCGCUGGGGCUACUGCCAGCUCGGGGCUCAGGACCGUGCAGCCCCAGGAAUUGAGUCUGGGCUUCUCCCAUAGGCAGAGCUAUCUCUGCACCCCUGAGCCCUUCAGAAUAACCACAGCCACACCGAAGGUAGCACUUAGGAUAUUGUAGUUGAAUGCAGUCUGGAUGCACUGGUCAAGAAUUGCAGUAGCAACACGUAGUCUAUAUAUGUAAAUGUCUUCUAAAAUGCUUGAGGGUCGGGUGUUGUUGUUUUUUUUUUUUUUGGUUUUGGUGUCUUUGGUGGAGCUUAGGAUAAACCGGGAGCUCCACACAGGCACGGCAAGUGCUUUACCGGUCACAUCCCUCCCUGGACAGAACCAGGCUCUUCAGAUGCUUAUAUACUUGUCAAACUGAAGUAUAAAAGCUCUCCUCAGACAAGCUCAGUUCGCUGGGAACUUGUAAAGAGCUACGAGAUGAUUUAGCACAUACUUUCGCACAAUGAUCCACCUGGGCUUGGGCCACACCUGGUGAUGCUCAAGGGUUAUUCCUGACUGUGUGCUCUGGGGUUGGGGCUUUGGAGGACCACAUGCAGUCCAAAGUUCAAACUGGAGUUGACUGUGUCUGAGGCAGAUGCUUUAACCCCUGUACUAUCUCUGGCCCCUGAUCUUUUUUGAGGUCAAUGCUAAACUGAAUCAAAGCAGCACAUAUAGGUCAGUAUACAGAUGCCUUAUAACUGAGUUUGAGUAUUCACCGAGAGGAGGAACAGGGACGUUAUAGGGCAUUUCCCCUCAAUUUCUCUUCUUUGCGGUUAAUCGUUGUGGUAGGAUAAUGACAACAGACUGUCUAUGGACCAGUUUAUUCCAAGAAUGCUUGCCAGACUCGGACCAGCCCACAAACGGGAGGUUCUGGGACAGUACCACACUGCCUGCCACAGAACAUUUUUAAAGAGCCACUGUCCCGUGACUCCACAUGAGAUGUAUCAACAGGAUGUGUCCCUUGUUCAAGCACUCCUCUUUCCUGCACUCAUGUCCCUAAAAUCCCCUUAUCCUUAUAAGAGAAGAAUCUAGACCUAACAAAAUUCCAUUAUCAUCCCAUCCAUGUUUACUACUCUAAUCAGUGGUGUAUUAUUUGUGAACCCCGUACAAGUGGCAACUGUACAGUGCUGAUACACAGGAAAUACGAUAUUAACAUUCUAAAUGUUUUGGUUCCGUUUGGAGAGGAAAAUUCACC